AUGAAGUAAAAGUUCUAUAUGGUGCUAUUGAUUACAAUAGUUGCGAUUCUCUCUCCAACUUAACAAGCAGAUCCCUUAGAUGUCUUCGGAAUGGUGACGAAUAAAGCUGGUGAUGUUGCUUCGGUAUUCUAAGAUUCCUCCCUAACAGCUUUGAAAGGCAUCAGUAGAUCUAUAGGGUUUUUGGGCCCAGUUGCUGGAAUAUUUAUGGACCUCUUUUUCCCAUAACCCACUAACUAAGAUGUGAUUGAUAUUCUUUCUGCUAAGAUUGAUGCUUCUACAAAACAAAUAAUAACAUAAAUGUCAAACGGAUUUAUGGCAACGCAAGCUUAGAUUGAUUAAGUUUCUUAAUCUAUUAUUGCAAGCAUAUAUGCCAUUAAUCUUGCAGCAUCUCAGAGAUAAAUUAGCAGCGAAAUAUCCAUACUGACGAACCUUAAUUACAAAGUCUAAAAUUUGCAAUCCUACCCUGGUUGGUCAUAUGAGGAAGCUCCUUGUGGCCUUGGAAUGAGUUUAUGCAACAAUGCCUUUGCGACCAUAUCUUUUGCGAUGAAGGAUCUUUUGAGUUCUGUGGAAAGUUACGCCCUGAGUAAUAAUCUAGAUUUUGGAACUGAAAUCAGCACUAAAGGAGGUUUUAUUAUCAAUUUGCUGGAAUUGUCUAUUCCAUCUCUUGCUAAGGUAAACAGCUUAUAUUCUGUGAGAUAAGAUCUCACUUUAUUCGAUACAAAUUUGAUCUCAACCCACUAACUCGUAACUAAUUCUAAGUUUUUAUAAUAAAACUUUGAUUUGGCUGUGAGCACCUACAGUUAAUAUAUGCUUCGAGCUGAAGGAUCAACUAAAUUUUUUUCUACCACAAUUAUGUCACCUUCAAUCGAUUACUUAUUUCAAUCUGCAGUCAUCCCAGAUCCUGCACUUAUCAAAGGAUUGUCGGUGUAUCCUUCUGGUUCCCUUUUGAGUACUAGAUUAGUUGGAACUCAAGGAUAUUGGACUACUACUUUAAACUGUCAGACUCUCAAUGGCUAUACUUGCCCAAUCGGAAAAUUUAUGAAAGCAUUAGGCAAUAGUUUCUAUUCUCAAAUUGAUUGCUGCCAUAUUUAGGGAGCAAAUAGAAAUGCUUAUAAAGAUAAAUAUCAGGUAACUCAAUAAAUGACUGCUUAAAGUAAUAUUUCCUGCUCUAAAAGUGGCUAUUAUGUAGUUGCUACAAGUGUUAAAUAAUAGAAUUCUGGUUCAGUAUCUUCCUAAGACUACUUUAAUAACCUAACUUGCGCUCUUCCUGAUUAUCAAAUCUAUCAUGAAUAAUGCACUCUAAUUCAAGAUACGAGCAACCAGGUUUAUAUUGCAUUGCUUGGCAAACUUCGCUCUGUAACAUCUGCCUAAUUAUAAUCACUCUUUACUUCUAAUCCAACAAUUAUUUAAACUGAUACAUUAAGACUCCCUGUUGGAGAGGCUUUAUAAAAUCCUCGUCUUAUUAUGGAUAACUCACGUAGCCUUUACUUUGUUUCUAAUGGUUAUAAGCAAUUUAUAGUUGAUUAUAAAUUUGUAAAAUAAUGCUAAUUAAAUGUAAGUAACAUCUCUUAUUACGAUUCCUCUGCUGAUGCAAUUCCUUAUGGCAUAGAUUUGGAACCUUUUUAUGAUGUAUCUCAAACAGUUAAGAGAAUUACUUCUCCUCCCGCUACAAUUGGUAUGUUUACUGUGACUAAAUCAGGUUUCUAUCCAAAUUUAGUUGGUCAAGCAGGAUUAACAAAGUUUUAAAGUGGACUCAAUUUCUAAUAAUAUGGAGCUAUAACAAGUAUAAUGGUAGCUGAUACACCAAAUGAUAUAUAUUUUAUGAAAAUAAAAUAUGGUUUUCAGCAAUUUGAUUAUGGUGUUUAUGGAUCUCCUUGGACUUGGCAACUAGCUACUUAUAAUAUUAAUGAUUGCAUCAAUAGGGUAGAUUUAAUUACUAGUGCUACAAACAUAAAAGGUUUUGACAUAUAUUCUUUGAAAAAUGUUGAUUUUACUUUUGUUGGUUCCUCUUCUGGUACUCUAAAUACUUUGCUUCCACCUUAGCCGGGUGGUUGCGUCUGUGGCUUCGAUGGUUAUACCAACAGUUUGAACAAAUUGGUUUCACUAAGUGUUCAAUGGUGUGCUUAUGUUGGGUUAUGA